ACUCAGCUGGUCGAGCAGUUCAAAUGUCUGGAGCAGCAGUCGGAGUCGCGCCUGCAGCUGCUGCAAGACCUGCAGGAGUUCUUCCGCAGGAAGGCCGAGAUUGAGCUGGAGUACUCCAGGAGCCUGGAGAAACUGGCUGAACGAUUCUCCUCCAAGAUACGCAGCUCCAGAGAGCACCAGUUCAAGAAAGAUCAGCACCUGCUUUCCCCUGUGAACUGCUGGUACCUGGUUCUGACACAGACCCGGCGAGAGAGCAGAGAUCAUGCCACCCUGAAUGACAUCUUCAUGAACAAUGUCAUUGUCCGGCUGUCGCAGAUCAGUGAGGAUGUCAUCAGGCUCUUUAAAAAGAGUAAGGAGAUUGGCUUACAGAUGCAUGAAGAACUCCUGAAAGUCACCAACGAGCUUUACACGGUGAUGAAGACCUACCACAUGUAUCAUGCAGAAAGCAUCAGCGCUGAGAGCAAGCUGAAGGAGGCAGAGAAGCAGGAGGAAAAGCAGUUCAACAAGUCAGGGGACAUCAGCGUGAACCUGCUGCGGCACGAGGACAGGCCUCAGCGGCGGAGCUCCGUCAAGAAGAUUGAGAAGAUGAAGGAGAAGAGACAAGCCAAAUAUUCUGAGAACAAGCUGAAGUGCACUAAAGCCGGGAACGACUCGCUGCUGACCCUGGCAGCCACCAAUGCAGCUGUCAGUAAAUACUACAUCCACGACGUCUCUGACCUCAUUGAUUGCUGUGAUCUGGGAUUCCACGCCAGCCUCGCUCGAACGUUCAGAACGUACCUGUCUGCCGAGUACAACCUGGAAACCUCCCGCCACGAGGGCCUGGACAUCAUUGAGAACGCCGUGGACAACCUGGAUGCACGGAGUGACAAGCACACCAUCAUGGACAUGUGCAACCAGGUCUUCUGCCCUCCGCUGAAGUUCGAGUUCCAGCCUCACAUGGGGGACGAGGUGUGUCAGGUCAGCGCCCAGCAGCCUGUGCAGACUGAGUUGCUGAUGAGGUACCACCAGUUGCAGUCGCGACUAGCCACCCUCAAGAUAGAGAAUGAAGAGGUACGAAAAACUCUGGAUGCCACAAUGCAGACUUUGCAGGACAUGCUGACAGUGGAAGAUUUUGAUGUUUCAGACGCCUUCCAGCAUAGUCGCUCCACUGAGUCAGUCAAAUCAGCUGCAUCGGAGACCUACAUGAGUAAAAUAAACAUCGCCAAGAGGAGAGCCAACCAGCAGGAGACUGAAAUGUUCUAUUUUACAAAAUUUAAAGAGUAUUUGAAUGGCAGUAACCUUAUCACAAAGCUCCAGGCUAAACAUGACUUGCUGAAGCAGACUCUUGGAGAAGGUGAACGAGCCGAAUGCGGAACAACCAGGCCCCCAUGUCUUCCCCCUAAGCCACAGAAAAUGAGGAGACCUAGGCCUCUCUCAGUCUAUAAUCAUAAACUCUUUAACGGCAAUAUGGAAACGUUCAUUAAGGAUUCAGGACAGGCUAUUCCACUUGUAGUAGAAAGCUGCAUUCGUUACAUCAAUUUGUAUGGCCUUCAGCAGCAGGGCAUUUUCAGAGUUCCUGGCUCCCAGGUGGAAGUGAACGACAUCAAGAAUUCGUUUGAGAGAGGUGAAGAUCCCCUUGCUGAUGAUCAAAAUGAACGUGACAUUAAUUCAGUGGCUGGAGUCUUGAAGCUGUAUUUCCGAGGACUGGAAAACCCCCUAUUUCCUAAGGAAAGGUUUCAAGAUUUGAUAUCUACUAUAAAAAUCGAGAAUACCACCGAGAGAGUGCACCAGAUCCAGCAAAUCAUCGUCACUCUGCCCCGGGCUGUCAUCGUUGUCAUGAGAUAUCUUUUUGCUUUCCUUAAUCACUUAUCGCAGUACAGCGAUGAGAACAUGAUGGAUCCCUACAACCUGGCCAUCUGCUUUGGGCCCACUCUGAUGCACAUUCCAGAUGGGCAGGAUCCGGUGUCCUGCCAAGCCCAUGUCAAUGAGGUCAUCAAAACCAUCAUCAUUAACCACGAGGGCAUCUUCCCCAGCCACAGAGAGCUGGAAGGACCUGUCUACGAGAAGUGCAUGACUGGAGGGGAGGAGUACUGUGACAGCCCGCACAGCGAGCCAGGCACCAUCGAUGAGGUUGACCAUGACAACGGCACAGAGCCACACACCAGUGAUGACGAAGUGGAGCAGAUUGAAGCCAUAGCAAAGUUUGACUACAUUGGACGGUCUCCACGAGAGCUCUCCUUUAAGAAAGGGGCCUCACUCCUCCUGUACCAUCGGGCAUCAGAAGACUGGUGGGAAGGGAGACAUAACGGUGUGGAUGGCCUUAUACCCCACCAGUACAUUGUGGUGCAAGACAUGGAUGAUGCGUUCUCUGACAGCCUGAGCCAGAAGGCAGACAGUGAGGCAAGCAGCGGACCACUGCUGGAUGAUAAAGCCUCAUCCAAGAACGACAUCCAGUCUCCGACGGAUCAUAUUGUGGACUAUGGCUUUGGAGGAGUAAUGGGCCGAGUGAGAUUGAGGUCUGACGGUGCAGCUAUCCCUCGCCGUCGAAGCGGGGGGGACACGCACAGCCCGCCCCGAGGGAUGGGUCCUGGCAUAGACACUCCUCCUCGAGCAGCGGCCUGCCCUAGCAGCCCCCACAAAAUACCUCUUAACAGGGGUAGGAUUGAGAGUCCUGAAAAGCGCAGAAUGGCGACAUUCGGCAGUGCAGGCAGCAUCAAUUUCCCAGACAGGAAGGCCUUGUCUGAUGGCCACCCGCUGAGAUCGACCUGUGGAUCAACUAGACACAGUAGUCUCGGAGAUCAGAAAUCUCUAGAAGCAGAAGCGCUUGCUGAGGACAUCGAGAAGACCAUGAGCACGGCGCUGAACGAGCUGCGGGAGCUGGAGAGGCAGAACACGGCCAAGCAGGCCCCCGAUGUGGUCCUGGACACACUGGAGCCCAUGAAGAACCCCCCAAUGGGUGCUGCUAACUCAGAGCCCGCCAGCCCCCUCCACACGAUUCUGAUCCGGGACCCCGAUGCUGCCAUGCGGCGCAGCAGCAGCUCCACCACGGAGAUGAUGACCACCUUCAAGCCAGCCCUGUCGGCCCGGCUGCCCGGGGCUCAGCUGCGGGCCCCCCCCACGCGGCCAAUGCGGCCGGGGGUACAGCACCGCUCCAGCAGCAGCAGCAGCGCGGGGGUGGGCAGCCCUGCCGUCACCCCCACUGAGAAGCUCUUCCCCAGCAGCUCGACGGAUAAAUCAGGCACUAUGUAG